GCUUCUAAAAAUCCCAUCGAAUCAAUCAUACUGAUUUUUACAUUUGCCCACUGCUAGUAUUCUUUUUACCUCCAGGCAUAUCCGGUGAAAUAUUAAUACCAGCCCCCAGAUUGUCGGAGUUUUUAGAUACUGCGACAUUUCCUUUGCUCCCGCAAAAAGUUUUUGAGAAAUUAAAAGACAGAAAAAAUUGUGUUGGUUAAUGAUUUCUUUGAAUUACAAAAACAUGGAACCCAACUUUGCCAACGUCACGUCACUGUUCAGUAACAGUAGCGACAUAAGUGCUCCUGGAACAGCGUCCAAGCCUCUGGCAUCGCCCUCCCACGUUACCAAAAGGCUGUCUCGCAAUCUGUCUAUUUCGUCCUCCGCAGAUGACAGUCCUCAGGUCGACGGCAACUCCAAGAAAAAAAUCCCUCUCGAACUCACUGCCUACGGAACCACUCCAAGUGGUAAGCCAAGGCUCUUUGUGUGCCAAAUAUGUACCAGGGCAUUUGCCAGACUUGAGCACCUUAGGCGGCACGAGCGGUCCCACACAAAAGAGAAGCCUUUUACGUGUGGAGUGUGUCAGCGGAAAUUCUCCAGAAGAGACUUGUUACUCAGACAUGCCCAGAAGCUUCACGCUGGUUGUGCCGAUGCAAUCACCCGUUUACGCCGCAAAAGUGUUAAGAAAGCUGGCGAUAUCGAUGGUCCCACCUCCCCCACAAAAUCAGACUCCAUGCCUACACCUGACAAACUUGACAAGUCAAGCGAUGACCAUGGAGACCACGAUAUCAACUUCAAUCUCAACCUCUUCGGAUCAGAUCCGAUCCACAGCCAGCUUCAGCAGAUGCAACAAAUGACCCAUAGCCAUUCAAGGUCUCAGUCCCUCUCGUCUGCCCCCAAUACUUCUUCUAGUAAAAUUGUCAGUCCUCCGGGGCAGAACCAUGUUUUCAAGAAGUCAAGAAAGAACUCGGAUUUACUGAAACAUCUAUUUUUCCGGGGCCGUGGGGCGUCCUUUUCUGCUCAGUCAGGUCAGAAUUAUGCUGCUAAUGUUCCUGAAUUUAACGAAUUGUAUACGGGGGCCGAGAAUGUUGAGUUUUCCACCCCACAAUUGGCUCCUUCUCAGAACUAUGACGAACUGUCGUGGCUUAAUAGCUUAUCAUCGAUCCCUGGUAUGAAUAGCUCCGAGCUAAAGGACAAAAAGUUCGAUCUUAAUAACAUGCACUAUAUGAUGCCAACAGUAACAAUGCAAAAUGAUUUUGGCAAGCACGGUAUUUCUAAUGGAAAUUUAGAGCUGGGCAAUAGUACUAGGAAUGGAGACGAUGAUGAUAAAGAGAUUUAUGGGUAUUCUUUCUAUGAUAUUCCCGAGCUGAUGAUGACCACGAAUUUCAAUAGCGAGUUCAAAUUGAACACCAUGUUGACGCCCAUAAAACAGGAAUUCGAGGAGGACCAUUUGAAUUCUUCUUCAAAUUCUAAUUCUAACUCCAACCCCAACUCUAGAUCUCAUUCCCAAAUGGCUUUCCAUGGUCAUUCUCAGCGUCAACCAAACAGUGGCAAGCAGAACCUGAAACCUCCUUCAGUAGACCAAUUUGAUUUGAACUUCAUACAUGAUAUUGGUGACUUGACCAACGAAAUCGAUGUCAGUUCAAAGUUCAUGCCCAAUGGUUACUCCUUUUAUGGUGACAACCCUUCAAUCACAUCCUCCAAUAUCGAUUCUCCAAGUUACAACUCACCUAAUAACUACUUGAACCAAUCCCAGUUAUUGAACAUUGAGAAUACAACUAACUUCAACAAUUUGAAGUUGACAUCCUAUGCAAAGAAUAGAAUGUAUACUGCAAACUUGCGGAACAUGAUCAACAAAUCCUUGAGCAAGUAUCCCAUCAAUGGAAUUCUGAACCCCAUAAUACCUAGUAAUGAAAAGUUGGAAUUUUACCUUGAAUUCUUUAUUAACACAUUUUUGUUGCACUUUCCAUUCAUUCACCCAUCCAAGCUUAAUGAAUAUGAAAUCAUGAUGAUGACUUCCAAUGAAGAUUACUCUAAUGAAAGCUCAAGAGCUUGUUUGCCUUUGUUGACUGCUACAAUUGGUGCAUUGUUGUCCAAUAGUAAGAGUGAUUCGGAGCAUUUGUAUGAGGCUUCGAGACGAACUAUCCACAUCUAUUUGGAAACUCGUAAAACGAAGCAGGAGACAAAGAAUAACAAUCCUUUAUGGUUGAUUCAAUCAUUAACGUUGUCUGUCAUUUACGGCUUGUUCAGUGAUAACGAGAACAACGUGUUUAUCGUCAUCAGACAACUCAAUGCAUUGAACUCUUUGGUGAAAACAAGUAUUAAGGAGAAUGUGAAUAAGAAACACAAGGUUUAUUUUAGUAUCAAUCCACAAGAAGAGGAAAACUUGAAUGUGUCUAAGUCAGGUAAACUGGACUCUUUAUUUGAUAACAGUGUCAUGAAUGAAGAACUUCUUUUCAACAAUGGUAUCAGUUUACAGUCCCAAUCGAGAAUCAUUUUCAUGAUCUAUAGAUUGACCAACUUUUUGUUGAUUUACUAUAACAUCCCAUUGACGUUAAGUAUCAAUGACUUAAACAACACUGAAUUGCCUAACAAAUUAGACGAAGCUUGCUGGAAUUGUAAGAACUACCAACAUUUCAAAGAAACGGGACAUCUCAACUUGGCCAUUGACUCUGAAGAGAAGCAGCCAGUAUUAUACUUCAAGGAUUUGUUGUUAAAGAUUUCUAAGAACUCUAAUUUAUUGAACUUCAGCAACAACAAGAACUUGAGUAUAAUGAAUGACUUGUCGAACUAUGGGUUUGUGACAUUGGUUCAUGGUAUUUUCGAAAUUAACCAAUUCAAUUCGAACUUGAACACUGUUAACAUUUUGAAUAACUUGACGGUGUUUCUCAAGGACAGUCCAUGUAGUCCACAGAUACAGGACUACUCUGUUCUCACGAACUUCAUCAAGAUCUCAUCUAUUUUGGACUUCAAGCUUUUGAAACAACAAAGUUGGUUAAAGAACCAUAAUGAGCUUAUAAAGCAAUUUGAGAACUUACUCAAUUCAGUUAAAUUGAAUGAAUUCUCCAAAGUUGAUAAAAUAUUGGACUAUUCAUUAGUUUCUUUAAAGUUCUUAUUGACUAAAUGUGAAAAGUCCAUCACAUCACCCAACAAGGCAAAAGAUCGAGAUUUCAUGGAUGAAGAUCUUGACGAAACCAGCUUUGAGAAUCUUUUGGGAGUCCAUUUCACCGAUGAGGUAAUGGUUAAUGACAUGAACUUGAUUCUUGCUCAAUCUAUUUUUCAUCUUUGCUCGUUAAGUGCGGUUCUCCUACUCAAAUAUUUGAAAUACCCAUUAUCGAACUACAAGUUAGUUUUGACAUCCAAGUUCAAAGAGAUGCUAGAACUCCUCCAGCACCUCCAGAAGGGCUUUGGUUUGACUACCGUAUACCACUUGGACCUCCAAGAAGAUCUUAGCUAUUCAAGUAUCUUGUACAUUCUUAACAUGGGAGAAAUUCUCCUCCUUAAGAUCCAUACUCAGAAACUUAACUUUGCCAUCUUCGAAAAGUUGUCUGCUAACCUUGCACAAAUUAGAAAGUUCCUUAUAAGUUACGAAAACAAACACAAAUAGUCUGGUACUAUUUGUCCUUAUUUAUUGUAUUUAUUGUAUUAUGGAAAUGUAAUAUACGUAUUUAUGAAGUUGAUAAGUUUAAAUGCGCUGGUAAAGUGGUUUUCGAUUAAAAUAAAGUCUUUCAAAAUUUACAAUUAUCUGAAGGGAAUUGGAAUUUUGUAGGUUUUCUAUGUAGAUUUUAUCAUUAAUAGGAUAUGGUUAACAGGUGAACACUUUGUAUUCACAAAAUCACUGUCAUUCUCAUAAACGCGGUUUUUGCACCCAAUUUGACUCCAUUUUAAUUAGUUCAAUUCAGAAGGAAAAUACGCUCGCAACCACACAUUCCAUUUACUGGGACUCCAAAAUAAACGACUUGAAUUCUUCGUAGGCUUUGUCCAAGUCGUGAUUCACAAUGAUCUUGUCAUGAAUACCGGUCUCGGCGAACUCUAACUCACGAGUAGCAGCAUCUAACCGCUUUUGAAUCGACUCUUCAGUUUCAGUACCUCUUCCCACUAAUCUUUGUUUCAACACAUCAACGGAUGGAGGUGCCACAAACAAAUACUUGGCUUUUAAGUUGGAUUCCUUGAUAGCCUUAACUCCUUGCAUAUCGAUGUCCAAUAAGCAAAUCUUUCCCUCUUUAGCCACUUGGUCCACAGCCUUCUUGGAGGUUCCGUAAUAAUUGCCAGAAAACUGGGCCCAUUCAAGAAACUCGUCCUUGGAAAUCAAGUCCUUGAAGUUUUCAAUAGUGGUAAAAUGGUAGUCGACUCCAUCAGCUUCCUGUGGUCUUGCUUUUCUUGUGCUAUGACUGAUAGAAAAUCCAAAUUUGUCAGGGAAUUCGGCGAAUAACUUCUUUAUUAAAGUACUUUUACCAGUUCCACUUGGACCAGAAAUGACAACCGGAGUGCUCAUGAUUUUUCGAAUUAUUCUGGAGUGUUUAUAGGAUGUUAUGUUUAGGCUUAACGUCCUUUCGGUUCGCUUUCGGUCUAAACUGGUAUGUUUACGUCUCAACUA